AUACAGCGUGAGUCACCGGGAGGCGGAGGAGGUGGAGGAAAAGGAGAAGGAGGAGUGCACUGGCCGGGAUCGGUGCGGCGCACACACUCACUCACACUCAGUCACUCUCUCCGAGCGCGUCUCGCUCGCUCUCACACGCCCGGAGCCCAGGGGCGCGCAGGAUCCCGAGCGCCGCGGAAAAGUUGCUCCGGCUUUUGGUUCAGACUAAGUGUUUUGGGAAGUGCACUUGCUCCGUGGCUCUGGCGAGCCUGCUGAAUCCUGUCCUCAAGGCUCUGGACCCCGAGAACACAAGCUGCCGCUGCCGCUUUCUCCAGGACUGUCGGCAGCCUCGGCAACAAUAGAGGCGCCCGCCCCCAGCGAGCGGCCCAGAGCCGGCACCUGCGGAGGUCCGAGGACUCGAGCCGGCCUCAGUUCUCCGGACGCACGGCCAGCACCAGAGAGUGGCCCCUGCUUUGCCCCGCGUGGGGGCCGAGCCGAGUCCCCUCGGCAAACUCCAUCCAGCGGGCUGGGAGAAGUCGCAGCGCGGGUGCCGAGCCCACAGCGCCUUCCCGCGCGGAUCCGGGGACUUACAAAGCCGGGGCCGCUUGGGCCCAGGACGGGAUGCGGGCCGGUCCCGUGCGCUCUGCCAUGAGCGGCGCCUCGCAGCCCCGCGGCCCGGCCCUGCUACUCCCGGCCUCCCGGGGCGCCCCGGCCAAACGCCUACUGGACGCAGAUGAUGCGGCUGCUGUGGCGGCCAAGUGCCCGCGCCUCUCCGAGUGCUCCAGUCCCCCGGACUACCUCAGCCUCCCCGGCUCACCCUGCAGCCCUCAGCCCCCGCCCGCCGCGCCGGGAGCCGGCGGCGGCUCCGGGAGCGCCCCGGGACCCAGUCGCAUUGCUGACUACCUGCUGCUGCCCCUGGCCGAGCGCGAGCAUGUGUCCCGGGCGCUGUGCAUCCACACUGGCCGCGAGCUGCGCUGCAAGGUGUUUCCCAUUAAACACUACCAAGACAAAAUCAGGCCUUACAUCCAGCUGCCAUCACACAGGAACAUCACUGGCAUUGUGGAGGUGAUCCUUGGGGAAACCAAGGCCUACGUCUUCUUUGAGAAGGACUUUGGGGACAUGCACUCCUAUAUGCGAAGCCGGAAGAGGCUGCGGGAAGAGGAGGCCGCCCGGCUUUUCAAGCAGAUUGUCUCUGCCGUUGCCCACUGCCACCAGUCGGCCAUUGUGCUGGGGGACCUGAAGCUUAGGAAAUUCAUCUUCUCCACGGAGGAGAGAACCCAGCUCAGACUGGAAAGUCUAGAAGACACUCACAUAAUCAAGGGGGAAGAUGAUGCUUUGUCAGACAAACAUGGCUGCCCAGCCUACGUGAGCCCCGAGAUCCUCAACACCACGGGGACCUACUCGGGAAAGGCUGCGGACGUUUGGAGCCUCGGGGUGAUGCUCUACACACUUUUGGUUGGACGAUACCCCUUUCAUGACUCAGACCCCAGUGCCCUUUUCUCUAAAAUUCGACGUGGACAGUUCUGCAUUCCCGACCACAUUUCCCCCAAAGCCAGGUGCCUCAUUCGCAGCCUCCUGAGACGGGAACCUUCUGAGAGACUCACGGCUCCUGAGAUCUUACUCCAUCCCUGGUUUGACUCCGUCUUGGAACCUGGAUACGUUGACUCAGAAAUGGGAACUUCAGACCAGAUUGUUCCAGAGUAUCAGGAGGACAGUGACAUUAGUUCCUUCUUCUGCUAAUCCCAAAAACCUCAGAAACCUCAUAAUUCUCACACAUGGCAUUUCCAUUUCUAAAGAUGGACAGGCCCUUUGGCGUGGUGCCGGCCAGAUAUGUGACUGCAUCAUGACUGUUAGCUGCUGAACUCAACGUGGCACCUCCUCUUACUUGUUGGGAUGAGUGACUCUUGAUCUGCGCAGCGCACACUCUUGACUGGCUGCUCUGCAAAGUUGUUUCCCUUUUUAAGGAAUCCUCACCAACUGUCUCUUUGUCGGAUUUGAGGGAUGUGGAUCUUUCAUAGGCGGCAAAGAGUUUAGACAUCCUUCGCUGCGUGGUCAAGUGUAAUGAACUUGAACAUUCGAAUGGGAGAGGAAGCAAAUCGCACAAAGGCAUUUUGGGCAACAAGAGGGUGACAAAGAGUUUAGGCCAAUAAUCCUGCCAUCUUGGAAUUUGUCUUUGGUGGCUAGACUGGCUACUACAGCUUCUCUGAUGGGCAAGUUCUUUUUUUGGUUUGUUUUAACACUCAUCUUUUCUUCACACUCGCAUUUUACCAGUGACUCUGCUCCGUUUUGGGAGCAGACUAUCUUUAGUUGCUCAGGACCCUGAUGGAACCAUGAACCUAGACUGUGUCAUUUGUUUCCUGCCAAAACCUCAUCUGCACUAAUGCCUUCCCCUGACCUUGACACUCUUCCCGUUUAGCUACAGAAGCACUUACCAGCUAACAUGGAAAAGUAUCACAAAAGAUUUGAUGGCCCAGCUAUUUUCAGAACUCUGAGCUCAGAGAGAGAGAGAGAGAGACUGCAGAUUUUAAAGAAUAAUUAAGUCCCCUUCCACCCCCCUGUCAAUUUGUUAGUACUUACCUUUUCCCCAAGACCAUCUCAGGGUGGUGCAUUUUAUCCAGGAGGAGAAAGAUAAGGAGGCUCCUACCCCUGCUCUCCCAAGAGCAAACAAUCUUUGUGCAUUAAAGAAAGUAAAUUCUGGAUAGUCUUAGAAGACUCUCAGACUAACUUCCAGAAUUCUCCUUUAACCCCUCCCAGAUGUGGUCUUCCCCUGGUAUUGUGUGUGCCUCUGGGGUUUUGCAUGGUGGGUUGUUAGUAUUUCCAGUGUGUGGUUUAUGAGUACAUCUGCAUAAUUGGCUUCUGGAGUGAAAUAGCCAGCCCCAAAUCCUUAAAAGUCAGAAGGGACUUUAAAAAUCAUCUGACCCCACCUCUUUCCUCUUUCUGUCACCUCCCGAUGCAGAAAUUCCCUCUUGAGCUUUUGAAGGUGGAAAUCCAGCCUCUGUUUGGAUGCUUCCAGAGAUGGGAAUUCACUCCCUACAGCAGAUAGAGAGACUGCAACUUGUGCUAAGAAACAAGUUCAGUUGAAAUGUCAGUAACUGUCUAGAACAGUGCUGAAAUCAGGUGGUUAAACGGGUAAAUAAAACAUACUGUAUUUUGAGAAAUGGCACAAAAACAGGCAGUCAUCUUUAAGGGCUAUGCCUAGACAAACUACUAACGUGCAUUGUGAGAAUGCUGUGUAUACCUCACGUACUGUGUACUUUGUACAUAGGUUGUACCUUUUAUACAUAGGUCUGAUACUGUUUUGUUGUUUUUGGCUCUGAGGCUUGUUUUGUUGUCUGUGUCUGUCUGAAUAACCUGCGUGUCUAAAACCACGUGAAAUGUGAAUGAUUAUUGGCAAUAUUACCUUGACGGAGUCAUGGGACUUGAAGAAGAGGGAGAACAGAGGCCUCUGUCGCACUAAUGCUCUUGUGGUUGCUCGACUGUUGUAUCUGUGAUACGUUAUCCAGCUAAGGACUCGGGGCUGGCAGGGGCUUCUGCUGGGAAAGCUAGAAACACUAGAUUCUUCCUGUACAUAUGUGUAUAUAUGUGAACAGUGAGAUGGCAGUUUCUGACUUGUAGAGAAAUUUUAAUAAAUCUGGUUUC